AUGAGCGAGGAAGACAUCAAUGUAUCAGACGGCGAGGAAGAACAGGAAUUGAGCAAAGAAGAAAGAUUGGAGGCUGCUAGGAAGAAGUUCGAAGAAUUGAAAAAGAAAAAGAAGAAGGGCAAGAAGAAGAGUAAGAAGGAAUCAGGGUCGGUGGAGCCUGAAGACCAGGAAGAUUCAGAAAAAAAAGAUACAGAAGAACCCGAAGAACUAGCAGAAACUGAAACUGAGAAGAAAGAGCUAGUGACCGAAGAAUCCAAGAAAGAAGAGGCUACUGUCGCUGUACCUGAGGUGCCCACGGACGAUGCUGAAGUGUCACCAAAACUGGUCGCGGAAGCACCAGUAUCUGAACCAGUCAAAUCUACUGCUUCUGAACAGAAAGCAACCAUAAUAGAGUCUGCAAAGGGUGAGACGACGAAGCCGGCUGUCGCGUCAGAGGAUUCGCUGACAAUCCAGCAGUUGAAUGAAACCAUUGAACAACAGAAGAACACAAUUAAGAAGUUGAGAGACGAGAACACAGACUUGAAACUCUCUAAAAUGGACCUCUUGGACCGGAUUUCGGAGCUUGAAUUACUCACGGAACAGUUAAAGAAAUCCGGUGGUAUAUCCAACGUCCAAGUUCCAAGCAAGGUAGUCCCAGCAGAACCCGUCUUCAAAAAGAACGAUUUUGCAUCAGAAUCCACUCAAAACUUGGCAGUCAGUGCCACAGAAGACUUCAGAGAGAAAUUGAUGGUAUGGAAGGGCUGGCAGGCUGACAUGACCAACUGGGGUGGAGUUCAAACGCAGAUUGUUAAGUUGUAG